CGCACUUCCUUGGAUCUGCCCUCGCCAUGCUCUCCGAGUGCUUCAUCGCGUCGACGCUGGCGUCUGGCAAAGUGCCAGCGUCUGCGUCCCUCCGAGACGUGGGAGUCUGCGUGCAUGAAUUCCAGCCGACGCUGAACCUGCGCUCCACCUUCAAGAAGAGCUCGACCGCCGCCAGAUGUCUGGCUGUGAGUCCAUCGCAUGUGUUCGCCGCGCAGGCCGAGAAAGCCAUCGUCCACGUGUACAGCCGGGAGAAAGGCAACCAGGAAGCCAUUGUCCCUUUUCCGGAGCGGAUUCGCAGCAUCGCCGUCGCCGGGGGGAAGAACGGCGACGUUCUGGUCCUGGGGACGGAAGGCGGACGCCUGAUUCUGUGGGAGACUUGUACCGGACGACAGGUGGCGACGACGGCGUCGCAUUUGCGCCCAGUGACCGCUCUCGUGGUCGAUCCCACCUCCAACUUCAUUCUCUCGGGCUCGUCCGAUGCCAGCAUCCAUGUUUGGUCGCUGGUCGACCUCCUCUCCUUCACCAAAGCCCCGUCCGGCCGUGAUCGCCAGCCCCCAAAUUCUCCCAUCCGUACGUUCUCGAACCACCGCGCCGGCAUCACCUCCAUCGCCGUCGGCCACAGCGCGGGGCGUUACAACAUUGCCGUUUCUGCUGCGGAGGAUAACACAGCCAUUGCCUGGGACUACCACACGGGUCGCCUCUUACGCACCUUCCUCCUUCCAUCCAAUGCGAUCUCGAUCGCGCUCGACCCGGCCGACCGGGCGUUCUACGUCGGUUACCAAGACGGAAGCAUCCAGUCGAUCGACUUCUAUAAGAGCCAGUCCAUCCAACACCCGCUCCACGAUCCCUCUCUACAGUCGACACCCUCGCAACCCCCCGCCGAAGACCGGUGGCUACCUCCGACUGCCGACUGUGGCGCCGCGCACGCCCUCACCCUCUCCUACGACGGCAUGACAUUGCUCUCGGGUCACCAAAAUGGAAAGGUCCUGUCAUGGAACGUUGGAAGAAAGAAGUACGCCUCGACAGUGGCUGAUUACACGCACCCGAUCACGAAUAUAAUGAUGCUCCCGCCCACCGGCCUCCCCCACCCCACUCUCGACCUCCAACGGGUCGCACACACCAUCGUUAAGCCCCGUUACGACCACACCCUGUCCGAAUCCUCCCAAUCGAUCGGCACCGUCCCGGCCGACUACACGUUUAGCACCCACCUCCUACCCUCAAUCUCAUCCACAUCCAACCAAUUCACCGAAGCGUUCUCCCACGCCUACUUCCCCGAAUCAAUGAUCGAAGAAGGCCUCGCGGAGCUCGCCGCGCUUGACCAGCCCGGCAGCAACGGCGUCCAGGCCUCAUCCAUGUCGCAAGCCGUCACCGACGAGGAAGCCGCAGCCAAGGACUCGCAGAUCUUCGACCUCGAGGCGCAACUCGUCACGCUGAAGCAAAAGGCAUCCAUCAACGAAACGGCCCGCCAAUCCACCACCGACGAAGUGACCAAGCUCCGCUCCGACCUGGCCAACCUACACGACUAUAUCACGGAGCUCCACGAAAAGCAAGAGCAGGCGCAAAGAGAGAAGAUCAUCCGCCAGGCCCGCAAGGAAGAGCGCGAGACCCGCCGCCGGGACGCGUGGUUCGCCGCCGAGAAGAAGGGCAAGAAGGGCGAUGCGGUUCUCCGUAAAAUGGACGCCGAGGAUACCCUCAUGACGAGCGAUACGGAUGACCAGAGCAGUGAUGAGCAAUAGCUCCUCAUCUCAUGAUUAUCAUCUCUCUCAUCGCCAUCCCCUCUUCCCCCUUCCACCAUCAUGAACCUGGUCUUGUAUACCUUCAUUCCACAUUUCGUCCCAUAUUCUAUUACCAGUCACGGCUGGAUCUGGAUCUGCAUUCGCAUCUUUUCUGGUAGGCGCAACGGUCAAAAAGUUCCGGUGAUUGAGGUGUAUCAUAUCAUACAUAGCAGAUCAAUUGCUCUGCGUCUACAUGGUUACAGAGCACUUACUGUAUAUAGAUAAUAGAUCAAAAGUCAC